UCUCGUCGGUCUGUCUGACGUUUUAAGAGAGCGGACGGACGUAAAUAUUGAGCCGGAUGCUUGACGGACAGCGAUGUCAUCGAUCUGUAUGCAUUGAUUGCCGAGCGGAUUGUCGACGAAUGUUGCUCGAUUCGAUGCUGAAGCUGUUAUUGGUUUUUCCGCGAAACCAUCGUGCCAUUUUCACGCGCUUCUUCAUGCUGCCCGAUAUGUUAAUACUCGCAAUGUUAGCACGACAAAUGUUCGAACGUAUUUGCUGAACGGUCAUUAUUAUUUCCACAUCAAAUUUCAAGUAUGAACAUAAUGCGCAAAUUACGAGGAGGUACCGGUGUUGGAGGUAUGGGUUCAAGCGGUACUGGUGGUUUAGACGAUUGCGCUGGAGGCACAAAUCCUCAGCACACUGCUCUGGGGCUUAUGCAUCUGAAAAAACUGUUCUCCGAAUAUACUCAUCCACCACAUCCCCUUUCCGAUACUGAACGUGAUGAUAAAUUGUAUAACAUGUUACCAUUAUUUUGCAAGGUAUUUGGAUCUAGUCCAUCAGGAGAUAUGAAUGAAAAGUUCUGGGAUAUUUUGGCCUUUACGCAACAAGUAUCAAGACUUAUGGUAUCUGAAAUCAGAAGAAGAGCAAGCAAUCAGAGUACCGAGACAGCAAGUUGUGCUAUUGUCAAGUUUUUAGAAAUUGAAAAUAGUGAAGAAUCGAGUAAUGGUUGGAUGCUGUUGUCUGCAUUGAAUUUGUUGGCAGCAGGCGAUACUUCUCUGAUACAAGCCAUGACUGCUGCUUCAGUUCCGUCAACUUUGGUGAAAUGUUUAUAUCUGUUCUUUGAUUUACCCGAAAUGAACGAGGAAGAUGCUGAUAUUACAGAUACAAAUAGUGAAUUCACUCCUAGAGAACGUAGGAUAUUAUUACAAAAAAUAUUUGUUCAGUUGUUGGUAAGAUUAUGUAGUCAUCCCUAUCCAGCGGAAGAACUCGCUCGUAAGGACGAUCUUACCUUACUGUUCUCAGCAAUAACCAGUUGGUGUCCACAGUAUAAUAUUAUGUGGCGUAAAAGUGCCGCCGAAGUUUUGAUGACGCUGUCCCGACAUGGUCUUACACAGAAUGUAGUAGCUUAUAUUCAUAAUAAAGGAUGUAUAGCACUUUGUAUUGAUAAUAUGCAACGUGUACCUGAGCUGGCACCAUUAGAGGUUGUAGAAAUGUUUGUAACAGUGUUCUGUUUUUUAAAAGAUUCCAGUGAGGUUUCUCAAACAUUGCUGGAUGACUUUCGUGCUUGUCAGGGUUAUAUCUUUUUAUCUGAGUUUCUCUUAAAACACGCUCCAUCAAGAUUAGAACAAGAUAGUAGAGCGGAAGCGCAUGACGCUAUCCGAAAUUUGGUACUAAUGUUAGCAUCUUUAACAAUGUGUGGUCAUACAGAAUUGAAACCAAGUCAAGCUAGUAUGGGAUCCUUAUUUCAAAUGCUCGGCUUUACCUUACCCCAACCCAGUAACAGAGGAGGAAGCGUUCGAAAUAUUCAAGCAUUCCAAGUAUUACAAUCUGUAUUUAUAAAAUCUAAUUCACCACUUCUAUGUUGCACUAUAUUGGAUGCGAUAUCUAGUGUAUAUCACAGCGACAAUGCGAAUUAUUUUAUUCUCGAGGGACAAAAUACUUUGUCUCAGUUUGCAGAAAAAAUUCAUUUGAAAAAUUCAGAGAUACAAGAAAAAUUCUUUCAAUUAUUGGAAUUUAUAGUUUUCCAACUUAAUUUUGUUCCAUGUAAAGAACUCAUAUCUCUGUCUAUCUUAUUAAAAACGAACAAUUCAAUUUCUUGCUCUAUCAUGUGUAUGGAGACUCUUCUCAAUAUACUCAGACACAAUACUAUAUUUAAAGACGUUUAUAGAGAAGUUGGUAUGUUAGAAGUUUUUGUGACUUGUCUUCAUCGAUAUGCAACAUUACUCAAGGAUAAGCAAGCUGCAAUUGAUCAAGGAUUAGAAUACACGUUAUGCCCCGAGGACGAACGGUUGGGUGCCUUAAUAAUGGAGGCUUUAACAACGUUAUUAGCGAGUAACGUUCAAAAUGCAAAUGUCUUUAGAGAAUGUGGAGGCGCACGUUGCGCUCAUAAUCUAGUGCCCUACGUAGAUUGCCGGUAUCAAGCACUCGGUAUUGUUAGAGAAUUGAUACUCAGCGCAGGUGGUGAUGACGACAUGGCUACGCUAUUGGGAGUUAUGCAUUCAGCACCUCCUAAUGCUUUGAUUCUAAAAACGCAUAUAUUAAAAUCGUUGUUAGCCUGUUUACGAGAAUCGCAUAGGACUAGAACGGUUUUUCGAAAAGUCGGAGGCUUCGUUUAUGUAAUGUCGGUUCUGGUAUCACUGGAGAAUCAAUUAGGUUUGCAAAGAUCGGAAAGGAACGAACCUUGCAAUGAUUUCGUGCAGAGAACGAUGCAGGAUGAAAGUCAAUUGUUGACAUUAUUACAUGUAGUAUUUCAUACUAUAAGUACAGCUAUGCGAUUUGAGCCAGCAAAUGCGAAAUUCUUCCAUCACGAGAUCUGCCAAUCAAGUUUGUGCGAUACUUUACGUCUUCUCGGUUGUUUUUCGACGCAAACAAAAAUCACUGAGAUGGAUAUGAUACCGACUGUGAAUUAUCAUAACAUGCUAGUGUCAUUAUUUAUUGGCAGUGUAUUGGAACCGGUAUUUCCAGAUGAUAUGCCAAAGACAUUGGGAUAUGCGUGUUUAUUAUUACGUUUGCUGUAUGAUGUGGCACUCGAUUCCUUUGACAAACCAAAUUUAGCUAAUGUAGGCAUAAGAUCUCCAAGUCAUAAGCAAAAUAGCGUGGAGCAACAGAGAUCAUUUGAUUCUCCUGGAAAUAGCAAGAGAUGUAUUAUAAAUUCCUUAAAUCUAAGCCCACCCGCACCCGAGCCGAUUGUAGUUCAUCCCGGUAUAGUGGUGGGAAUGCUUCACUUACUUCCAUCUAUCUCCGAACCAUCUAAUCCACAAAUGGCGCUAGCCUUACAAUUAUACGUGGCGGAGAUAAUCAAGAGCUUAGUACGAUCGGAAAGAAAUCAGCAAGUCAUGUGUGAAGCCGGUAUGGCCGGAGAAUUGUUGUCCGUGGGUAGAAUUGCUUUGCAGGAUGAGACACAUCCGCUUCAUCAACCUUUGCAAUACAUCAUAGAGAGACUCGCCGCGCAAUCCCUCGAACCAAGAGAUUUACGAGAGUUUUUACGUUUGGGUGAUCCGUUAUGUUGUAUCUCGCUGGACGAUAUCGAUCCAAGCAAGCCUAGAGGAGGACCAGUCCCUUUAACACGAAUUAAGACGCUAGUGUCGAUGACAACACCCAAGGACUUUAGAGCUCAUGGUUCGUGCACCUUACCACCUUUCGUGGAAUUGGAUAUGAGUGCCGAAGGAUUCGCGUGUUUAUAUUUGCCGAGUGUCGCCCCGCAAAGUACCACACCUCCUACGGUUGUCUCCGCGGACAAUAGCGUUUUGGGAGGCAUUGGAUCAGGUGAUAGAUUAUUCCCGCCACAGACCGGGUUAACGUAUAGCACAUGGAUAUGUGUCGACAAGUUUAGCGAUCCUAGAACCGAUCCUCAUUGCGUGAGAUUACUCACUCUAGUGCGUACUCCGCAAUCUGCGAGAGACUUAAUUUGUCUGACUGCUGUUCUUAGCGCUAGAGAUAAGGCUAUCAUUGUUUCCACUCAGGAGACACCUAUUCCGCAAAAUACAGGUGAAUGGGAGCCCGAAGGGACGGGUGAAUGCGGUGCCCGAGUCUGGUGUCCUGAUUUACUUCACGAAGGACAAUGGCAUCACAUAGCUAUUGUGUUGAAUCGCGCGGUUCUUAAAAACUCGAGUUUUUCAUUAUAUUUAGACGGUCAACAUAUCCAUAGUCAAAAGCUUCAUUAUAUCACGCAAGUUCCUGGAGGUGGAGCAGCCAACUUAACAGUGGCUUCUCCAGUUUACGGUUACAUUGGUACGCCGCCUUGUUGGCGUAGAUAUUCCAGAUUGACAUGGAAACAGGGACCAUGUCAUUUGGUGGAGGAAGUUUUUAAUUCUCAAAAUAUUGCCACUUUAUUUAGACUAGGACCGCAUUACAUGGGAAGUUUGCAAGCUCCGCAAUUGAGUGGCCCUGAACCUCUAGGACCUCUCGUGGCUGAAGAAAAAGUUGUAUUUGGAUUGAAUGCAAAAGCCAUGUCACAAUUGACUCUAGCUAAAAUUAGGAAAGUGUAUAGCCGAGCUGAUAAUAAAUCAAUAGCCAAACAACUUGGAAUGUCAUCCCAUGAGAAUGCUACGCCUAUUAGGGUUCUUCAUAAUUCCGCGGGACAUCUCAGCGGUCCAGCUAGAGCAUUAGGUGGUGUGGUCGUUGGUUACCUUGGUGUUCGUGUAUUUAGUCCUAAACCAGUAGCUACUAUGAUCGAUAAUGUAGGAGGAUGUUCAGUGUUAUUAGGUUUAAUAGCUAUGGCCCAAGAUGUAGAAUCUUUAUACGCAGCUGUAAAAGCAUUAGUUUGCGUAGUAAGAUCCAAUCAAGCGGCCCAACAAGAAAUGGAUCGUAGAAGAGGAUAUCAGACUCUAGCUAUGUUAUUAAGAAGAAAAUGUCCUCUUCUAAACAGUCAUAUAUUGCACUUGACAUUCAGUCUUGUGGGGACGGUCGAUAGUGGUAGAGAAACUAGUGCGAUUCCUAAUGUCACAGCAUUUCAAGACCUCUUAUGUGAUCUACAAGUUUGGCACGAAGCACCCGGAGAAUUAUUGAGAUCUCUCCUCGAACAUUUGUACGAACUGAUAGCAGAGUCCAGUGAAAAACGAACUAAUCUGCGAUUAAUGAGAGACUUACAAUUAGUACAUAAAUUAUUGCAUAUUUUGAGCGACGUAAAACUAAAUAGCACUAGACAGAUUCUUUUAGCGCUUCUUAGUAUAUUAUUGAGUCAACCACGACAGGCUGACCUAUUAUGGUUUGGGCAAUUUAUUGUAGCAACCUUACCGCAAUGUUCUGAAAAACAUUUAAUUCUUAGAGAAGGAGAAGGAAUCAAGGACGGAGAAGGAGAGAGUAUACUUUUACGUAAUCGUUGUUUACAGCUCUUACACUCAUUGUUGUUUAAUGGAUCCAAAGUUAAUGUAAAUAUGUGCGAAGAAGUAGCCAAAGUUCUGGGCCUAGAUUGGGUAUUAUUGUUCCUCCAGUCUGAUCUUCAUAGUACCACAGUUGUCUGGGGAUUACGUAUUCUCGUGGCAAUAUGUUCAGUGCAAUCAAUUUUGCAAAAAUUUAAAGAAGGCACAAGCAAUGGUGGUUGGCUAAGGCAUACCGAUCACAACAAAAUGGCACUAGCACUCGGUUGUCAUCAACAAAUGUCUACUGGUGAGAUUAAACCAUCUGGGCUUCACGUACCAGGAUUUCAGCAUCUGGGCUGGUUACUUCCGCAACAUAUCGAUCUUGUUCCGGAACUUUAUUUUCUCUUUAUUGCUCUAAUGAUGGGACAGCCUGUGAAAUUGUUACCUACGGAUUCGAAGCUCGAUUUGGAUAAUGUUUGGAGCUUUAUGUUCGGGGUCCCGGCAAAUCAUACGCUAUCGUCUUUCACCAGCAGAAUUAAUCUUUGUCCCGAGGCGAUGGUCACGUUAUUAGCUAUGGUGCGAACAAUGUUGAAUAGUCACUCAAACAACCCGGAAGUAUUACCAGCAUGGUUAAAUGAUUAUCCGGUGACAAUAAUACAAUUCUUAUUCUUCCUUUAUCGCAACUUCACCGACUUUAUGCAGGUCUUUAUGUCCGCGGAAGUUCUGGGUGCCUUAGCUGGGACCUUGUUUCCGAAACCUGUCAGUUCUAGUCAGGAUAGCAGCGGUGCUAGUACCCCAGCCGAUGAGCAGGAACCAGUAUUAGUGAGAUCGCCGUCGAAAGAUGUAGGAUUGACGAAUCAUCCCGCAAAGAAAUUCGUGAUGGACUUUUUUAAAGUUAUCGUCGUCGAUUCGCUUUCGCUGCCGGUGACGACCAAAUCGCCAGCGAUAGAUCUCGUUCUGGAAGCGUGGCCGGAACAUGCGUCGACUGGACAGCAAAUGCGUUAUCAAACAGAAGUGUUAUCUAUAUUAAUGGAACACUUGCUAGCUGCGGAUGUGUUGAUCGGGGAGCAGGCUGCUUUGCCUGUUGUUCCCGGCGGAUCGGCUAACAAUAUAACUAACAAUGUUUGUUACGUGGCAGCCAGAAUAGUUGAUAAAUUAUGGCAAGGUGCUCUGACAAAAGACCCGCACGAAGUAUUCGAUUUUAUUGUCAAAUUAAUCGGUCAAGCAAAGAGGCGACCUGGUGUUGUCAGCAUGGAAGGCCUUCAUCACUGCCUGAAUAGGACAAUUUUAUUCUUACUGUCACGUGCGACUGAUUCUAUUGCCGAUCAAAUGGCGGUAUUGGAAGCAUUGCAUAAGCUUACUACUCAUAGAUUAUUAGUGUUCGGCGCUGGUAAUCACGAAUUAGAAUUUAUCGGCUGUUUGACGUAUUGUCUGUUGCAACUGACAGCUGAUAUAAAGAUCAUGUUGGACACUAACAUGAAAACUACGUGGCACGUUAAUCCGCAAGUGGAAUCCAGCGAUGAUAGAUUGACAUCUCACCAAGGACACAAUUUGAUGGCUGUAGCGGCAACGAGAGUUUGGGAGGAACUCUACGUAUGUAAGAAACCGGCCAUAGAAGAAGUUUUUAAAGUGACUCUGCCGGCGCCUGUGAAUAAUGAACGUGCACCGGAAUUGUCGGUCGUGAGAGAACAGAUUCACGAAGCUGCGUCCAAGCUCUGGCUAAAUUAUGUAGUUUCGGAAAGAAGGGCCACGUACAGAGCUCCUUGGGAACUUCACAAUCAGAUCCAAUCGAAAAUCCAAAAAGUGACGGGAGGCUUGACGAGAUUAGCAAGUCGGACAAAGGUGCGAAAGGAGGAAUCUGUACGCGUAAGACUUAGAUUACAUCAGAACACCGUUGCUCAAUGGACGGAGCAACAUGUUGCGUUAGUCAGAGAGCUCGCUGCAGUGAGACGUUUGCAACAUCAACAAACAAAUCUGCACACUCAGCGUUAUGUAUAUCAAGAAUGGCUGCAAACCGAGACGGAAUUGACUAGGGAACGCGGUCUUUGGGGACCUCCGACACCCACCAGGCUCGACAAAUGGAUGUUGGAUAUGACAGAAGGACCAUGUAGAAUGCGAAAGAAAAUGAUGAAGAAUGAACUCUUCUACAUACAUUAUCCGUAUCGGCCUGAAUUAGAGCAUCCUGAUAAUAAACAGCUAAAGUACAAAGUAGCGACGAGCUGGGAUAGUAAAGAGUACUAUCUGAAGCAGCUUGGCAAUUCAUCGGGAAUGUUUGAACGCGAACGAGACCCUGUUAUAGACGACACACCGUUAAAUGUUAAUGAAACUUCUACCGAGAGCGAACCACCGAUGGUUCCGUGCACGUUAGAACGUCAUGCCAGUGAACCAGAUGAAGCGCCCGAGGAUAAUGAACAGGAGGAAGAAAAUAAUCAAACUGUUCCAGACAAUCAAACGUUAUUACGUCUCCUUGAGGAACAUGAAAAGAUAAGCCACAUGUUUAGAUGCGCAAGAAUACAAGGUUUGGACACGACUGAGGGUCUUCUUUUAUUUGGAAAGGAACAUUUUUACGUGAUUGAUGGAUUUACAUUGUUGAAGUCUAGAGAGAUAAGAGAUAUAGAAAGUUUGCCAGAGGCAUACGAACCAAUCUUGCCGUCUCCGGGAUCUCCUAGAAGAUCUAGAGCAAUGAGACAGUGUUCCAAGUUUAAUUACGAAGACAUCAGGGAAGUACACAAGAGACGAUACUUAUUGCAACCUAUGGCAUUGGAAGUGUUUAGCGGAGACGGUAGAAAUUAUUUAUUGGCAUUUCCUCGAAAGGUCAGGAACAAGGUCUAUCAAAGAUUCAUGACAUUUGCUACUGCGAUCGCCGACAACGCUCAGCAAUCUGUAGCUGGCCAAAGGCGAACGGCGAAUGUCGAGCAGGCCACUGGAUUGCUCUCAAAUCUUAUAGGAGAAACAUCAGUCACUCAAAGAUGGGUGAGAGGAGAAAUAUCCAACUUUCAAUACCUGAUGCAUCUAAAUACUCUGGCGGGUCGAAGUUACAACGAUCUUAUGCAAUAUCCGAUAUUUCCGUGGAUCUUGGCUGAUUACGACAGUGAGGAGCUUGAUCUUACAGAUUCAUCGACAUUUCGAGAUUUCAGCAAACCUAUGGGUGCGCAAAGUCCUGAGCGAUUGCUCCAAUUUAAGAAAAGAUACAAGGAAUGGGACGAUCCGCACGGAGAGACUCCUCCUUAUCAUUAUGGCACGCAUUAUUCGUCAGCAAUGAUAGUAUGCUCAUAUCUGGUGAGAAUGGAACCGUUCACGCAACAUUUCCUCAGAUUACAGGGCGGACAUUUCGAUUUAGCCGAUAGAAUGUUUAAUAGCAUAAAGGAGGCGUGGUUAUCUGCUUCCAAGCAUAAUAUGGCAGACGUGAAAGAACUUAUCCCGGAAUUUUUUUACCUCCCAGAAUUUCUUAACAAUUCUAAUCGCUUUGAUUUGGGCUCUAAACAAAGCGGUGUUCAACUCGGUGAUAUCGUUCUUCCACCUUGGGCGAAGCAGGAUCCUCGCGAAUUUAUCCGUGUACAUAGACUCGCAUUAGAAUGCGAUUAUGUAUCGCAGCAUCUUCAUCAAUGGAUCGAUCUAAUAUUUGGAUGCAAGCAAAACGGUUCGGCGGCUGUUGAAGCUGUCAAUGUAUUCCAUCAUUUAUUCUACGAAGGCAACGUCGAUAUCUACAACAUUGAUGAUCCAUUGAAGAAGAACGCAACUAUCGGUUUCAUCAAUAAUUUCGGCCAAAUACCUAAGCAAUUAUUCAAGAAGCCGCAUCCGGCAAAAAAAAUGACGCAGAGGACUAGUGUGAUCGAUCCUGGACCUAUCACUCCUGGAUUAAGUAUUACCACGUCUGACAAAUUGUUCUUCCAUAAUCUCGAUAAUCUGAAACCAUCGUUACAACCUAUUAAAGAAUUAAAGGGUCCCGUUGGACAGAUAUUGCACAUUGACAAAGCUGUGUUGGCAGUGGAACAAAACAAGACACUUAUUCCUCCCUCUUAUAACAAAUACGUAGCAUGGGGAUUCGCUGAUCAUUCACUCAGAAUAGGGAAUUACGACAGCGAUAAAGCCAUCUUUGUCGGCGAGGCCUUGAUGCAAAGCAGUGGGGAGAUAGUAGCGUGCGUUUGUCCGUCUUCCAAAUUGAUAGUUACCGCUGGCACCAGCUCUGUCGUGACAGUCUGGGAAUAUGCCAAGCGACAACUUUCUAUAAAACAGUGCCUGUACGGACAUACCGAUGCAGUCACAUGUUUAUCGUCCAGUCCCGCGUACAACGUUAUCGUGUCCGGAUCGCGAGACGGUACAGCAAUUAUAUGGGAUUUAUCCCGGUGCUUGUUUGUGCGUCAGCUUAGAGGACAUGCUGGACCAGUUGCUGCAGUAGCCAUAAAUGAAUUAACGGGAGACAUAGCUACAUGCGCAGCUACAUGGUUACAUGUAUGGAGUAUCAAUGGGGAGGAAUUAGCGAGCGUUAAUACGUGUGUCGGCCGCGCCGAUAGGAUGCAACAGAUAUUAUGCGUCGCUUUCAGUCAAACUCACGAAUGGGAUUCGCAGAAUGUUAUUAUGACUGGCUCUACUGAUGGCGUUGCUCGCAUGUGGUCGAUGGAUUACGUGCAAGUACCCGCAGAAGAAGAGAAGCCUGAAGAAGUAACGGUUGUCGAGAAAGAAAAGAACGAGAAACAAAGCACCGAGGAGAACCAAACUGAAACAACAAUGAAGAGAGUUAAAGAAUUGGUUAAACAAAUGAGUAUAUCUGCCGAGGGAUCAGGUAUACUUAUGAAAAGCGGUUCUGAGAGUAGUCUCUCCGAGACGGAAAAUGCCAAAGAAGCUUCCAGACUACAUGAGGAAAAAGAGGAAUGCUCCGAUAAUGAAUCGAGUAACGGUUCUAGUAAUAAACCUUCGCCUCAGAAUAAUCACGCAUCUUUGGUCGUAUUGCGUCGAAAGAGUCGCGGAAAUCCGAUGUUUAGAAAAAGCGAAGGUGGCGGACGAGCUGAUAGCGAGGGCACACAAACUAGUGAGUCUACCAGCAAUCCAGGGGAUUCGGAAGGAGCAUUAAGGGCUAGUAAAAGCGAUACCAGUUUGACCGAUAGUUUCGUUAUGGUUAGCGAGGUUGAUACAAAGCCGCGAAAAAUCAAUCCGCAAAAUAUCUUGCGAGACGGCUUCAAAUGGCAAAGACAAUUGGUAUUCCGCAGUAAAUUAACGAUGCAUACUGCCUACGAUCGUAAGGAUAAUGCAGAACCGGCGUCUAUCACAGCUUUAGCGGUAUCAAGGGAUCAUAGAACAGUAUAUGUGGGUGACACUCGUGGUAGAGUAUUUUCAUGGAGCGUGUGCGAACAACCCGGACGCACGGUCGCCGAUCAUUGGCUGAAAGACGAAGGAGCGGAUUCUUGCGUUGGUUGUGGCGUCCGAUUCAAUUUAUAUGAAAGAAGGCAUCAUUGCCGCAACUGUGGACAAGUAUUCUGCUCGAGAUGCAGUCGAUUCGAGUCGAAGAUAUCCAGACUUGGUAUCUUAAAACCAGUUAGAGUUUGUCAAGGCUGUUAUUCGUCAUUACGGUCUCAGAAUAACUCCACCGAGAGUAAUACUUAAUAUGAUACACAACACAUGAGAGUCUUAUCUUAUAUAUAAAUCGUUAAAUUAUACAGAAAACUAUCUUAGCGGGUUGUAAAUACUUGGGUGUACCUAUUAACUUUUUAGUUGAAUUUCUCUGUUCACGAACACGAAGAAGUGUGUGUAUGUAUGUACGUUCUAUCCUAUGCAAACUGAACUAUACACAAUUUAUUGCAUUUUUUAACAGAUGAGUUAAUGUAAUCGUAAUUUCAUUUGCAUCUGCAUAAGUAAAGGUUGUUGCAUUUUUAUUUCGAUGACAUUUCUAUUACUAAGAUAAUGGAGAAAUAACAACAAAGUAUGAAUCAUUUGCUGGAUUAUACAUUCCUGUCGAUGUUUCAAGUCAUGCAUAAACCAAUUGAAUUUUUAGGAAAUAAAUUUUUCUAAUGCAUUAAAAUAUUAUAUAAUUUAUACACAUUUAUACAUAAUUUUUAAUUGUUCUUUAUUAUCGACAGGUUUGUAUAAAGUUGUAUAUAUAAUUUUUUCAUUACAUUUUAGAUUAAAUUAUAAGAAAUUUAAUUAAAUUUAGAUACAUGUAUAUGUUACCCAUAAGAUUAAAGGAAAUAUAAGAUGUACUUUCCAAAUUUAUCCAAUACAAAUUCUUGUAUGUGUACCUAUUGCAUAUUGUACUUUAUAAAUAGUACAUUAUGCCAGGAAAUGGUAAUGUGCAAAAUUUAUACUAUUUCUAAUCAAUGCAUUAAGUAAUGUUACCAACUAUCAUUAAUCAUGUAAUAUUAUUAUUAUUUAUAAAAUUAAGAAUUAUAUAAUCUGUGAUUUUUUUUCUAUAUUUUAAUUUAGCCGGAAUGAUCAAUGGCUCUCGAGAUUAAUCGAUUAUGUUAUUAUAUCGGUACUGUUACUAAUUAUUGCAUUAAGUUAUUAAUGGAAAACAUAACAUUUAAUGUUAUAUGUUAAAAUUGAAUAUGUGUUUGAUUAUAAUUAAAUUCACAUUUAUUUAAGACACGGAAAAGUUUAGAUAUUACUGUGAUUAUUCUUUUGAGAGGGAUAAAUUUUUUGUUUGUUUAUAUAAUAUGUGAAGUAUCUCAAUUUCUUAUUUUAUACAUUUGUUAUUCCAUUGUACUAAUCAUCUCAUAGAGGAUGCCAAUUUGGAAAGUAUCUCUUUCAAAUAUAAGUAUACAAUUGUUUUUUUUUUUUUUUUUUCAACCAAGGAGUGUGUUUCACUUUUCUUUCGCAUAUGGUACAUAUAUGGUACAUAAAUACUAUUUAAGGACUGUAUUACGAUUUAAAGUAUAUUAUUGCAAUGUGUACUGCUGAUCUUUUAUCCAAAGGCAUAGAACUUCAUAAUAGACAAUACCGUAUUUAUGUAACACUUAUUAUUAAUUGUAGGAUAUUUAAACAAAAUCAUAGACAAAAUAAUAAACCAUAAGUAAAAAUCACACCAGCUAAUGUUUUUAACAGAGUGACAAAUGUGGAAUACAAAUGAUUAUAAAUCAAUGUAUCGUGAUUUUUGUGUAUAGAAAUAAUUGUGUGGGAUUGAUUUUCAAGAUAUAAUUUCCAAGAUAUAUUAAAAGCUCCUGUGAAAAGUUUAAAUAAUUUGCGCUGUAUUAUAGUACGGGUACCUCCUAAAAGUUUAAGUUUCUUACAAUACUAAAAGCCAAAUAUUAACGACAGACAUUUGAAAAGUUUGACAAAAAAUUUCGAGACCGACUCUCAAAUUGCAAAAAUUAUAUCGCUGUUCAAACAAUCGAUUCCACCAUUCGUAUUCUCUCUAAUGAUAUAUCUCCACUUCCUUAAAAGCACAAAUUUUAUAAAAGACAUAAGUUGAAGUGAAUGAGAUACAAUCAUAAAUUAUAGGCAAAUGUAUUUCUACUGAAUUUUUUUUGUUAACAUUGCGUUAAUACAAAUCGAUCCUAUAAGCACAAUGCUGUCAGGUUCUUUGAACGAAAAUCUAUACAAGAGAGACAAGAAAGUUGAAGUAGACAAUACAGAGAGAUAUGAUAAUAUAUGAAAGAAUAUUGGCACACUCAAAUAUAUAAAUUAUACGCACGCGUCAAAGUCAUCCUCUCUUUCAAGCAUAAGAAAUAUCUAUGCGUUCCUGUGCAUAUUAGUUCAAUUUACACAUCGUCAAUUAUUUAUAUAUUGUUUUUUAUUCGAGUAAAAGAUUUGUCGAUUCUAUAAAUGGAUUUUAUAGAAAAUCGGACGAUAGAUGUAACUUAACGUACAUUUUCUGAAAAAUAGUUAAAUAUAUGUGUUAUUAUUCUUUUUUAAAAUAAUCAUGAAAAAUUAAUAUUUGUUAUUUUUUUAAAAGAUAUACCAAAAGGAUUAUAUUUAUCUAAUCAUUUGAUAGUUAGAAGAAACAUAGUUUGAAAAAACUAAAUAAUUAAAUUGCGCGAAAAAUUAUGGAAAAUUAUAUUAAUUAUUAUAUAACAGAGUAUGCAUAUAUAUAUAUAUAUAUGCAUAAUUUAAAUCAUAAAUCAUAUAAUAACAUUACCUUUUUAUAGAUUUAACUAUGAUUUCUAGUCAUAUACAAUAUAAAGUUGUUUCUACUUGAAAAGAUUUUACUUUUUAUUAUUUUAUGAUGAAGAGUAUUAUUUAUAAUUAUUGUAUACAAAUAGAAUAUAUUAUGCUGAGUACCCCACAUAGAUUUUUGGAUUAUCAUAUAGUUUAUCAGAAGAAUCAGAGUGUGAUACUUUUAACAGACAUUCUAUAUUGUAUCGUUGUUAUACUACUAUGCAAAUUAUUUCCAAGUAUAAUACAAUAUGGCUUUAGCAUAUAUAAAAAUUUAUAGAAACUUAUUAUGGAGAUUUUUUUAAUAAAAAAAAAUGAUACGUUAUUUUUAUUAUUAGAUUUUUAAAGAUAUAUAUAUUUAUGUUUUGAUAUACUUUAUAUGUGAUAGUAUAACAACCAUACAAUUUCUCUUAUAGAAUGGUGAUAAGUAACCGUUUUAUUAUACGAUAUUGUAUUAGCAAAUUAUAUAUUUUCACAAUAUUUUUUUAAAUAGCGUACAGAGGAAAUUUUAAUUAAUGACACAUGCGACGUCACUUCAUUCAUACUACGAUGCUAUCCACUAAGAUGGAUUUGAUAGAAUAAUAAGAAAACUGUGCAUUAUACAGUUAGAUUUCAAAUUGUAUAUAAAAAUAGAAUGAAAGAGAAUCAUCUAAAGAUAUUUAUUGCUUAAAAAAUGUAUGAUAAGAUAGAGAGACAUAUAGAGAGAAAGAGUAAUAUAUGAAUAUCUUAUAUAUUCAUAUAUGAAUAUAUAAAAUAUAUUGUAAUACCUGAUAUAUAUGUGACGGAUGUGUGUGUGUGUGUAUGUGUGAACCUAUAUGAAUGUUUAUGCGUCUGUAUGCCUGUACACAUUUACCACCCCUGCGCAUAGGAAUUACAUGUAUACAUAUAUAUAUAUAUAUAUAUACCAAUCACUAUACAUAUAUAAAUAUAUGUAGCUAGAGCCGACUGUGUAUCGUUAGAUAUUCGUAUAACAUUGUAUAGUAUAGAUUCUGAUUGGUAUAAUUAUAUUGAAUGGGCCAAAGUUGUAAAAGAAAAAUUACGUCUUUAUUUAACUAAUGAGUGAAAUAUAAUAAUUUAUUAAAUGUCGCAUGCGUAACUUUGAACACUGUAUUAAAUUGCAAGACCACUUUCUUUGACGCCACAUUGUUCUUUAAUAUAAAUCGAAAAGAAAUAACAUUUUUAGAAAUAAUCGAUUAAUAAUGUGUCUCUCCAUUUUACGCGCUUACUUCUUUGCUUUAUUAUAUCAAAUCAGCGUAUGCGAGUAACAGAGACUCUAAAACACAUAAAAUACUACAACACUAAAUAUAUAUAUAUUAACAUUAAGAAAGUCAAUUCAAUGUCUUGCCUUUCGACGGACUUUCCUCGAGAAUGUAAUCUCUUUACUGAAACUUUGGAUAAAAAUAUGAAAACUUUACAGAAUUGAUACUUUCAUUUAUCUCUAGGAAUAGUGGUCGAGAUUAUACUUACUGGCUCAAGUGCCGUGACACAACAAAGAGAAAACAAACAAAUUCUAAAGACAGCAAAUUAUUGUAUUUCAUUAAGCCAAAUAUAAGACCAUAACGUAUUAUAUAAUUUACAAGAUAAGUAUAUUCUAAAUGUAUGAAAUAAAGUUGUAUUCAAAAAAAGAAAAAAAAAGAGAACAUACUAUCCUUAAAUAUCUCUCAAAUAUUGUAGGAUAUCUUUUAUUAUUUUAGCUUUUUGUAGUAAAAAUGAAUUUGUCUCAUUCAUUAUUCUUCUCCCCCAAUGAUAAAAAUGUUAAUUUUAACUUAAAAUUUGUGAAAUCCCGUUUCGAUCAGACAUUAAUAUAUCGACAAUAUCUUGAGACCGAUGUAACGUCUCAUCAAUAUAUUAAGAUUAAUUAUAUACUCCAUAGAUGCUUGUUGUUUUUUCGGUACUUGCUAGUAUUCUAUAUCAGUAUUCUCUCGCAUCUUGUAGCCGUCUAUGUCUUUUGUAUGUGCUGGAAAGCACAUACAAAAUAUCACAUUUUUAUAUCGGUUGUCUCGCGAUUUUAGAGAAAGAGGAUAAUAUUUGGUUAAUUUUAUUUUUUCAUAACAUUUUACUGAAAUAAUUAUGAUUAAACAAUCAUAAUUACUCUGUGAAGGUUUUUUUUUGUUCAAAAUUUUGCAAUUAGAUGCACUUUUAAAAUAGAAACUAAUAAUCUUAAAACAAAUUGAUCUCAAUUACAAUGAAU